AUGGAUCCAACGGAGAUCCGCCGUGCCACUCGUGCCGUCAAAUGCGUAGUCGUAGGUGAUGGCACCGUGGGCAAAACCUGUCUACUCAUAUCAUACACGACUGAUUCAUUUCCUGAAGAAUAUGUGCCAACUGUCUUUGACAACUACUCAUCUAUUAUCACGUGUGAUGGAGAAACAGUGUCGCUCGGGUUGUGGGACACAGCAGGACAAGAAGAUUACGACAGACUAAGACCACUGUCCUAUCCUCAGACUGACGUUUUCUUGAUCUGCUUUUCCGUCGUCUCCCCAUCAUCAUUUGAAAAUGUUCUAGUAAAAUGGGCACCGGAAGUUCGUCAUCACUGCAGUGAUGCUUCAAUCAUACUUGUUGGUACAAAAGCGGAUCUCCGUGAUGAUAAGGAUCAGCUCUAUCAGCUGGCCAAAAUUGGACAAUAUCCAGUGAAGAAAGAAGCCGCCGAAAGGAUGGCAAAAAAGAUUCAUGCUUUAAAGUACAUAGAGUCAUCAGCGCUCACACAAGUCAAUGUGAAAAAGGUAUUUGAAGAAGUAGUGCGAAGUGUCUUUCAGAAGCAGAAACCAAUCUUGAAAGAGAAUAACAAAUGCCAACUGAUGUAA